CCAGGUCUGCCAGGUCCGCCAGGUUCACGUGGGUUGCCAGGCAAUAGAGGACCGCCAGGACCGCCUGGCAAAGAUGGACCGAUAGGACCAAUGGGACCAGCUGGACCUAGGGGUCCCCCGGGUGCAGCAGGACAUUUGAAUUGCAGACGGUGUGGAAUUUCCCGUCCUCCUCCUCCUCCGCCUCCACCGUUAGUUUUUUCAAAAGCGAUUAUCUGA